AGUUUCACUACCCUCGUCUCACCCUCCCUCACCAAAUAAGGUCCUGCCCUUUCCCGACAUUCACAGGGGGGCAGAGGGGAAAACACAUUCAUCCGGCGGCCAUGGCCUCGAUUCUGGUGACGACGACCACCGCCACCGCCAUCCUCUUAUGCGUCCUCUUCUGUGCCGCGGCGGCUAACACCACCGUCGCCAACGACCCCAACCUCCCCGACUACGUCAUCCAGGGCCGUGUCUACUGCGACACCUGCCGCGCCGGGUUCGUGACCAACGUCACCGAGUACAUGGCGGGCGCCAAGGUGCGGCUGGAGUGCAAGCACUUCGGCACCGGCGAGGUCGAGCGCGCCAUCGACGGGGUGACCGACGCGACCGGCACCUACACCAUCGAGCUCAAGGACAGCCACGAGGAGGACAUCUGCCAGGUGGUGCUGGUGCAGAGCCCGCGCAAGGACUGCGACCAGACGCAGCCGCUCAGGGACCGCGCCGGCGUCCUGCUCACCAGGAACGUCGGCAUCGCAGACAGCCUGCGCCCCGCCAACCCGCUCGGCUACUUCAAGGAUGUCCCGCUGCCCGUCUGCGCUGCGCUGCUCAAGCAGCUGGACUCCGACAAUGACGACGAUCAGUAAAGAUCACAUACUGUUGACGACGACCACCGUGGUCGUCGCUGACAGGCUGCGCAAAACUACAAAUCCUCUUCAGUCUUCACCUGCUGGCCUACAAAUAUAAUGGUACAGAGUCGAACGCAUGGAUAUAGCAGUAUCUGAGAAAAGAAAAGAAAAAAGGAAAAGAAAAAUGUUAACUGCUGUAUCUGAGAAAAGAAAAAAGCAAAAGAAAAAAUGUAACUUACAGUCCUGUGGCUCUUCUGAGUGCUGGAUUCUUGCAA